AUGGCUCAUUCAACAUCCAACAAUGUGCAAACAAUACCUUCUUGACAAUGAAAAAACCUGGUUAAAACCUACAAUCAGAGAUAUACAGUAAGGUUUAAAAAUUUAUUUCUGGAUUUAUGAAAUAAAUUAAGCCCCGAUACCAGGUUUUAACAGGACGAACCUAAGAAAGAUUGUAUGAAUGAAAUACCAAAAAAAAAAAAGCAAAGAUAACAUAGAUAUUAAAUAUUGAAGAGAUAUCGAAGGAUCAGUUUAAUUCUUCUAUUAAUAUCUAAUUAUUCGAUAUAUAUAAUACCUUAUUAAAACAUUAUAAGGAUGAGUCUGACAUGGAUACAAGUGAAUGCAAAAUUAUUAGAAGGAAUUAAAUUAAUAAAUUCUUUAAAAACGGAAGAUGUUUGUAAUCUUCUUGAUGAAAUAGUGACCUUGAAAGAUAAUGGGACAUUUUCUUCUGAAAAAUUAGCACCUUAUGAAAAACUAUUUGUACUGAAUAAAGAGAAAACUAAUUUAGUUAUAAAGACAGCACAAUAUUUAAUGCAAAGAAUGUCUCAGGUGAUGUUAAAACCAACAAGUUUACUUGAACAACUGAUGGAGCCUUUACAAUUAACAAGAGAUAAAGCUAAGGAAUUUCUAAGGAUAUGGGUAAAACAAACAGGGAGUCAGUUUCAAAAUUUAGAGGGUAAAAAUGAGCUGGAGGAUAUUAUAUGGGAGUUGAAUCUACAAACAUCAUCCAACAUACAUUCAAUGUCAAUGAUUCCUACAGCUAAAAUACAGUUUAAUUUAAGAGAUAUCACCCAAAAUUCUUCAGAAACAGAUAUAGUCACUGUUAAUGAAGGUAAUUUAAUACAGUUCUGCAAUACAUUAGAAAUUAUACAAAAUAAAAUUGACUCUAUUAAAGAUUUUUAUAAUAAAAAGUGAAUUU